AUGCAGGACCGGCGUUACAAAUUAGAAAUAUUUCCAAAGCAACAGGCCAAUUACUUUUACAUGCUAGGAGAGCUGAGGCAAAGGCACCCCCAGGCCGCGGCGCCCGGCCUCACCGCCCCUACAAAGCCGCGCGCGCGCCCCCGCCCCGCGCCGCGGCCCUCCCCUCCGUGCCGGGCUCCCCGGCUCCCCCACCUGGCCCCUCCCCGGGCCUUUCCCCCCCCACCACCACCCCCAACUCUCACGCCCGGCCCCGCCGCCCCCACCCCGCCCCCCGGAGCUGCGGGCGAAGUUUGCCGGGGCCGCGCGGCGCCCCUCCCCGCCCCGCCCCUGCACCUGCUCCGCGCGCGCCCCCUCCGGGAGGGGCGGGAGGGCGGCGGCGGGGGGCGCGGGGGGGAGCGGCUACUCACGAGCCCCGGCGGGCGGCGGCGCGGGCGGGCGGGCGGGCGGCGGCGGGCCGGCGGCGCGGGCGUCAGCGUUACGUGGGCCGGGGGAGAUGCGCCGGGCCCCGGCCCCCCCGCCCCGGCCCGGCCCCCGCCCCUCCCCGGCCCUCCGCCCCCGGCCCGGCCCGCAUUGUGUACGGCGGGAGGCGGCCCGGCCAUUAGCAUGCGGGGGGCGGCGCGGCGGGCUGCGCGCUCGGGCUCCGGGGCCGGGGGGACCCCCGGAGCGGCAAGAGGCGGCCGCCAGGGGUGCGGGCCUUGGGUGGGGUGGGGGGAACCGGGGGCGUCGCGCGAGGAGGAGGAGGAGGGGCGGGGGUGGGGCGCGCAGACCGUUCCUCGAGGAGACUGGAGGAGAUUGUGA